GUUGACUGAGGUAUAUGGUUCACACUGGGCUAACAGUAGUUAGCAAGACCUCACUGAAAAGUUUGAUACAAAAUGUACUUUAGCUAGCCAGCCAGCUACCAGAAGAGGGAGACUGUACUGCAAGCAUACAAUACAGACUAUUCGACAGAUGAAUUGGGAAAUCUUAAACAAGUUCAGAUAGCUAGCUAAUGUAAGCUACCUAACGUUAGCUAGCUGCUAGCAAACAACACGGCACAGCCAGCGAAUCGAAUCAAGACAAGGGCUUAUGGACACGACGUGGUAACUUCACCGGUACACCUCCCUCACCCACACAUUCUUUGGAAAAGUAAGCAACACCAUUGAGAAAGCAACAGGAGAGACCAUGUCAGCGACAUCAUGACAGACAGGGAAGAGGCGCUUUAGCACCCUGACCACAAGGCAAGGAGCCAUGGAUGGGUUACUGCAGCUACCUUCCCCUGAGCACCUUGAACAGGUGAAUGGGGAGACUAGGACAGGCCCCCUGCCCCUAUGUAGCCCAAACUCUCCACAGCCCCUGGACACAGUAGCUGAUGAUAUAUGGACUGGAAGGGAGGUGGAGGCAGUGGCCUCUGACUUUGGAGGGUUGACAGACCUGCAGGAGCUGGGGGUUGAGGAGGGUGAGGGCAGUGGGGCGGAGAGGCCGAGGUCCCCCAUCUCGAGGGUAUCAUGGAAUGGGACUGGCAGCCAACAGAAUGGAGAGAAUGGAGAAGGAGGGGAAGAGGAGAGACUAGAGAAGGACAAGACCAGCUACAGCAGACAAGACAGUCCUGCUGCUGCUAACAACUACACAGACCUGUCUCACACGUCGUCUCCCUCGCUGUCGGAGCAGCUGCGUCUGGGACGGGAUGAGGCCACGGGCCCUGGUAUCAACGUGGAGUGUAGGAUCUGUGCUGACAAAGCUUCAGGGUUCCACUACGGUGUGCAUGCCUGCGAGGGCUGCAAGGGCUUCUUCCGGCGGACCAUUCGGAUGAAGCUGGAGUAUGAGCGCUGUGAGAGGGCCUGUAAGAUCCUGAAGAAGAACCGUAAUAAGUGCCAAUACUGCCGCUUCCAGAAGUGCCUGGCCCUGGGCAUGUCCCAUGAUGCGAUCCGGUAUGGGCGUAUGCCGGGGGCUGAGAAGAAGAAGCUAGUGGCUGGCCUGCUAGCGGAGCAACUGGACCCCCACCACCCUGGUGGCUCAGACCUCAAGACCCUGGCUAAACAGGUGUACCAAGCCUACCUGAAGAACCUCAUUAUGACCAAGAAGAAAGCCCGCAGCAUCCUCACUGGCAAGACCAGCUGCACAACGCCAUUUGUGAUCCAUGAUGUGGACACCCUGUGGCAAGCAGAGAGUGGUCUAGUGUGGAACCAGUUAGUCCCCGGCGCGCCCCUCACAAAGGAGAUAGGGGUACACGUGUUUUAUCGCUGUCAGUGCACCACGGUGGAGACGGUACGAGAGCUCACUGAGUUCGCCAAGAACAUCCCAGGGUUUGUGGAUCUCUUCCUCAACGACCAGGUGACCCUACUAAAGUAUGGCGUCCACGAGGCCAUCUUCGCCAUGCUGCCCUCCCUCAUGAACAAAGAUGGCCUCCUGGUGGCCAACGGGAAGGGCUUUGUGACCCGGGAGUUCCUGAGGAGCCUCCGUAAACCCUUCAGUGAGAUCAUGGAGCCCAAGUUUGAGUUUGCUGUAAAGUUCAAUGCUCUGGAGCUGGAUGACAGUGACCUGGCUCUGUUUGUGGCCAUUAUCAUCCUGUGUGGAGAUCGCCCGGGGCUAAUGAACGUGAAGCAGGUAGAACAGAGUCAGGACGGUAUUCUCCAGGCCUUGGACCAGCACCUGCAGGCCAACCACCAGGACUCCCUCUACCUCUUCCCCAAGCUGCUGAACAAGAUGGCUGACCUCAGACAGCUGGUCACAGAGAACGCCUUGCUGGUGCAGAAGAUCAAGAAGACAGAGUCGGAGACCUCUCUGCACCCGCUACUACAGGAGAUCUAUAAGGACAUGUACUGACUGGACUAAACCGGAGUGAACCUGUACUGACUGGGCUAAACCAGACUGAACUGGACUGGAACUUGCUGCACCCGCUAGUGCAGGAGUUCUACAAGGACAUGUACUAGUCUCCUCAAAAGUAGUGCACUACAUACAGUGCCUUGCAAAAGUAUUCAUCCCUCUUGGCGUUUUUCCUAUUUUGUUG